AUGUAUUUGCAUAGAACAAUUAUUUCCGUGACCCUGGUGCUGGGCUAUGCCGUAGUAGCCAAGCCCCCAGUGGACGCGAGCCAGGACCUGGGCUGGGGCUCGGACGUGGACUUUGAGGACCUCGACCUGUGGCCGGUGCCUGAGGCGUCCGACGAGUAUGUGCACCCUGGGCCCAAGGCAUCGGACGAGUAUGUGCACACUGUGUCCGUAGUCAAUGCUCGAUCUGUGGACGUGGACGUGGACGUGGACCUCUCUGAGGACUCUGACCUGGACUUGGACCUGUGGCCGGUGCCUGAGGCGUCUGACGAGUACGAUGGGCCUGAGGCGUCUGACGAGUACGAUGGGCCCGAGGCGUCUGACGAGUAUGAGCGCCCCGUGUCCGACGACGCUGCGUGCGACGCCAUCCUCGAGAUCACGAUGGCCGCGCACGGGCCGGCCAGCGCCUACUACAACGAGCUCAUGCAGCAGAUGGCCGCGAGCAUUGCCAGCCACCACGCCUCCGUGACACUGUCCCCCGGGGCCAGAGCGAACACCGCCGGCACCACGGCUGGCUCGCUGGCGGUCCGUGUGCAGCCCAAGUUUGUCCAGAGCGUGGUGAGCAGCGUCCACGCGUUCGUCAAGACCAACGCGACGCUUGUUGAGACGUCCGUGACCAUCGUCACCAGCGCCGUCUCCAGCGUCGUUGUCGCCGGCACGGGCCCCCUCGACAGCGUCGCCGAGGCCGGGUACGACGUUGUGACGCGGCACUGCCACAUCCGGCACCAGGGGCUGCCCGGCUACCUGGAUAUUAUUGGCGGUACCGUGCAGGUGGUAGACCAGCGCCCGCAGCGCUGGGCGCUCGAGUACACCGAGGAGGGCGUGUUUAGGAUGCGCCAUGGGCUGUACUAUGCGGUCCCGGCCAGCGCGACACUUGGCUGCCCCCUGGCCUACAGUGUGAUGCUGGCCACCGACAGGCACGGCAGCGAGUUCGUCCACACAAAGGACGGGUUCCUGACCAACGUGGACACGGGCAAGAGCAUCGUGCACUAUGUGGGCACGGACGUGUUGAUGCUCGUGUUGAUUGACCGCUUCCAGGUGCACGACGGACAGAAGUGGGAGCUCGUGGACUGCGUGGACAAGUGA